AUGUUUCCUAACAACGUCUAUGAAAUCGAGGAGCUUUCCCCUGAUGAUCGCGCUCUGUAUGCGCAGAAGUAUCGGAAAUAUCUCCGCCGUAUAGCGCAAGCAGCAAUAUGGACCACCUACAUCUACUUUACAGUGCGGCUAUUUUUCACCGUGAUGAGCCCAGAGCAAACAUGGCAAAGAUGGUUAAUGCUCGGAGUUGAGGGUCUAUUUGCUCAUAUUUCCCUAAACCACCAACGCUUAUCGCUAGCCGCAACGACAAAGCCACCACAUCAGACACUCCGCAAGAGACUACGCAGCAACGAAAACCUGCCCAGAGUCGAUGUGCUAGUAACAUGCUGCGGAGAGCCAGUCGAAAUCAUCCUGGACACGGUCCGAGCAGCAUGUGGUUUAGACUACCCAGCUUCCCGGUUUCGAGUCCGCCUUCUGGAUGAUGGAGCGUCAACUGACUUGCACGACGCAAUUGCAAAACUCGCCACAAAAUGGACUCACCUAUCCUAUCACACCCGCGGCAAGCAAUCCGGGCAAUCCUUCGCCAAAGCAGGAAAUCUUAACUACGCCCUAUUCUCCCUGCAAACCGAAGACCCGCCAGAGUUCUGCACAGUCGUCGAUGCAGACUCCAUCCUGAUGCCGGAGUUUCUGCGCGCGACACUGCCCCAUCUACUUGAAGACCCAAAGGCAGCAUUACUGACCACGCGACAGUAUUUCUAUAAUCUGCCCUGUGGCGAUCCCCUCUCCCAGUCGCGGGCUUACUUCUACACGUGUGAGAAUACAGAACUCGAUCUUCUCGGUCAUGCGCUAGACGCAGGUUCAGGUGCAGUCUUCCGUCGCGACGCGAUUCUCGACGCAGGUGGAUAUCCGACCUAUUCUUUCUCGGAAGAUUGGCAGCUAUCGUUGAUUUUACGAGGGCUGGGAAAGCGCACGAUGCAGGUACAAGAGGUUUUGCAAUUCGGCCUCGUUCCUACUUCUCUCGCGGGACAUCUCAAACAGCGGAAUCGGUGGCACAUCGGACACUCUCAGCAGAUUUCUGUGUUGCUCCCUUCUGUCAACAAGGCGAUUCCAGAGCAUCUGCGUUGGGAUAUUGCUCUUGGGGGACUGUCUAUCAUGGCAGGUCUUGUGACCUACUCGAUCGGAUUUGUUGCUCUGCCUUUCCUUCUGGUCUCCGAUGGUGGGUUUAUUCCUGCUGGGUCGGCGUUGGAGGUGAAGAUUCAGCUUGUUUUAGCCAUCGUGCAUGUUGCGUCCACAUGGGCAUAUGACUGGGCUCGGAGUGCACACGCGGGUGUUCCAUUUGCGCCUUUUGCACACGCAGAGAACAGUUGGCUUUCUACUGCCCAUCUGUACGCCAUUGCUCGAUUCCACCUAUUCGGAAGCAAGCCAAAGGGAUCUUUUGUCACCGGAAGCACCGCCAAUUCGAGCGAAAAUGCUACAUCCAUUUCGUCGUUCCAAAAGGCAUACAGAGAUACUCUUCAAAGCGGUGCUUUGUUGAACAUUUGUCUUUUUAUUGCGACUGUUGGAGCUAUGCUCUUUGCGAUCUGGGUGGCUGUGACCGGAGAUGGAACAGAAAUUCCUAAACUGCUCACUACAUUUGCAUGGCCACCAUUGCUGCACUUGUGCUUCUUGACAAUUGUCCACAAUUGGGUACCCAUUGCUCAUCUUUUCAACUCUCCGGCCUAUCACCCCAGAGACUCUAGAUUGCUCACCACGGAGAAGGAAAUAUCAUACCCACGAGCGGAAAUCGAGGAGGAACUUAGUUCUGAAACACCUCUCCUCGGACUCUGCUGCUCUUUUAUAGUGCCAGUUGUUCUUUUAGGAGCCCUUGCUGGUGUUCUCAUAUCAUAG